GGUCUUAUCUCAUUUUGGACGAAGUUGAUGAUAAGGCAAAUUUAUUAAACAUCAUCGUCUUCCUCUCUAUCACUCUCUCUCUCACCACUCACAACCAACCACCAUGAUCUCUCUCAUUGCAACAACUCUCAAACCCUCAAUCUUCUCCUCCUUCACACAAUCCAAAACCAAUGGAUUAUCUUCUCACCCGAAAACCCGACCCGUUAACCCGAAACCGUUCACCAUCAACGCCGCCUUGAUACCCGCUUCAAACCGGCAAGCCCCGGCCAAGCAACAGCUCUAUCAACCAUUCCGUCCUCCUCCGUCUCCGAUUCCUCCAAAAUUCCGAUCACUCGACGCCGCCGGCAAAAUCGAAGUCCUCGCCGAUCGUCUUGGUCUCUGGUUCGAAUACGCUCCACUCAUUUCCUCACUCUACACCGAAGGAUUCACUCCUCCCACCAUCGAGGAACUCACCGGAAUCUCCGGCGUCGAACAGAACUGUCUCAUCGUCGGGUCACAAGUCCGAGACUCUUUAGUCCAAUCCGGCGCCAAAUCGGAGCUCAUCGCAGCUUUCGACACCGGAGGCGCAGAGCUUCUCUACGAGAUCCGUCUUCUAAGCAAUUUCCAGCGAGUUGCCGCUGCUGAGUACAUCGUCGAUCACGAGUUCGACAGGAAAGGAGCUCAAGAUCUUGCGCGGGCCAUUAAAGAUUAUCCUCACCGGCGUGGAGACGUAGGGUGGAGAGAUUUCGAUUAUAAUUUACCAGGAGAUUGUCUCUCGUUCAUGCUCUAUAGGAAAAGCAGAGAGCACAAGAGCCCAUCGGAGCUUCGAACCACAUUGCUUGAACAAGCCCUUGAAGUGGCUGUAACAGAGAAAGCCAAGAAAGCUGUGGCUCGUGAGCUACAUGGAGAGAGCAAUGAGGAGAGAGCAAAAGAAGAGGAGAUGAAAAUCAUUCGUGUUCCUGUUGUGAGGUUGAGGUUUGGAGAAGUAGCAGGAGCGAGCUCCGUUGUUGUUCUGCCGGUCUGCAAAGCAGAGGAAGGAGAGGAGAAGCUUAAUGAAGCUCCAAUGGAGUUUGAAGGAGGAGGAGAGUUUGGUGUUGUGGAAGCUGAGAAAGAAUGGAGCCGAUGGGUGGUUUUACCUGGUUGGGAUCCGGUGGUAGCGGUUAGGAAAGGAGGAGUGGCUGUUUCGUUUAGAGAUGAUCGGAAAGUGUUGCCUUGGAACGGGAAAGAAGAAUCGAUAAUGGUUGUGACCGAUAGGGAGAAGAAGACUGUGGAAGCUGAAGAUGGAUACUAUCUGAUUGUGACUGAAAAUGGAAUGAAGGUGGAGAGAGGAUCGGUGUUGAAGGAGAGAGGAGUGGAAGAGAGUUUAGGGAUGGUUGUUUUGGUUGUGAGGCCACCAAGAGAUGAUGAUGAUGAAUGGCAGAUAAAUGAUGAUGAAUGGGAUUAGAAGAAUACGUUAGAAGAAUAUUAGUUACUUCAGUAUAACAAUACUUGUGUUUUACGGCAAAUAUGUAAUUUUUUGUUUGAUCAAUUACCUCACUUUUCUUUUCAAAUAUGAAUCUGCAUUAAGAUUCUCCAA